UCAGCAGGUGUGAGCCCUCAGCGUUUUGGCCUUAAGUGGACAGGCCUGCCCCUCUUCUGCCUGACCUUCUGCUGUCUACAUUCUGCAGACCCAGCAGGUCAGGAGCCCAAUAAGCCCCACAGAAUUCCUGUGUGCUGGAAAUGGCACUACCGGCUGCAGUAAGGUGCAAAAGCAGCAUCUUGUGUAGAACUAUCUGUCUACGGCUUCUCAUCAGCCUACCGGUAUUGGGUUUAUCUUGUGAAGCUUGCAAGAAUGUGACUUUUAAUGUCCCUCAUAAACUAAAAGCAGGGAUGUUUGUUGGCAGAGUAAACAUGAAAGAGUGUCUUAAGCAUUCUGAAAUUAUUCACUCAAACAAUCCCAAUUUUACAAUUCAAGAAGAUGGUUCAUUGUAUACAGCAAGUGAUGUUUCCUUGUCUUCUCAUGAAAGCACCAUCAUCAUAUUCCUUAAAGGCACAUGUAGACACGAACAAAAGAAGAUAUAUGUUAGUUUGCUUACACAUCCCCAAAAGAUCCCAAUAGCUAAGGCAAGACACAUACAAGAGACUGUUCUUAGGAGAAAUAAACGAAGAUGGGUUCCUGUCCCAACUACUAUAAUGGAAAACUCACUGGGACCUUUCCCAAUGAAAAUUCAACAGCUGUCUUCAGACAUGGCCCUCAAGUACAAUAUUAGAUAUUCCAUAAGUGGUCAUGGUGUUGACAAACCACCACUAAAUUACUUCUAUAUUGAGAAAGAAACUGGAAAUCUCUUUGUUAAUUGUCCAAUUGAUCGGGAAGUGUACCCAGAAUUUCAGCUGAUUUGCUAUGCAAUGACACCGGAUGGAUACACACCAGAGAUACCACUUGUGCACACAAUUAAAAUAGAGGAUGAUAAUGAUAAUGCCCCAAUAUUUGACCAGGAUAUUUAUACUUUUCAUGUUUUUGAAAAUAGUAGAAUUGGGACACUAGUUGGACAAGUGACUGCAAUAGACAAAGAUGAACCGUACACCUUACAUGUCAGAGUGAAAUAUAAAAUUGUGACCCAGAAUCUUCAAAAUUAUCAGAACUUCAGGACAUUUGUUAUAGAUCCAGAUUCAGGUUCUAUUACUGUAGCAUCAUCACAUCUGGACAGAGAGACAAUAUCAGAGUACAAAUUACAGAUUGAAGCAAGAGAUAUGGGAGGCCAGGAAUUUGGUCUGUGCACUACAGCAGAAGUAAUAAUUAAGAUUGGAGAUGUAAACGAUAAUGCCCCACAAUUAGUACAAAAUGUGUAUGAAGUGCACAUAUCUGAGAACAGAGAAAGCUUGGAAAUAUUGUGCAUCCCUGUAAGAGAUAAUGACAAACCUGGAACACCUUCGUGGUUGGCUGAAUUCACUAUUAUAAAAGGAAAUGAAGAUAAUAUUUUUUCUAUUACUAUUGAUCGAGAGAUGAAUAUCGGGUGUUUAGCUGCCUUAAAGGGACUGGAGUAUGAAAAUACCAUGGAGAGAAAAUUAGAAAUUGCUGUAAAUAAUGAAGCACCUUAUGCCCUAGCACCAAAUUCAAGAGCCCUUUCAACAAGUACCACUACAGUUAUAGUUAGAAUUAGGGUUCAGGAUGAGGGGCCAGUAUUUGAGCCUUCUGAAUAUAUUCUGAAUGUAAAGGAAUGCUUGCCGGAUGGAACAGUAGUUGGAAACUAUAAAGCAUAUGACUCAGAAACUGGAGACAGCACAGGCAUAAGUUACAGAAUAAUAAAUGACCCAUGCAAUUGGAUCAUCAUUGAUCACACAGGCCAGCUGAGAACCACUAGAAUUUUAGACAGGGAUGCAUCAAACAUGGAAUACAAUCAAUGCAAUGUAACAAUCUCUGCAACUGACCAAAGUGGUAAAACAGGCACAGGGAAAAUUGUGUUAAACCUAAUGGAUGAGAAUGACAAUUACCCAGUGACUACUAGAAAAAAAUACAUCAUGUGUAAGGACAAACAACCAAUUUGUAUUACAGCCUUUGAUGCUGACCUCCCUCCCUACACUGUACCUUUCCAGUUUGAAAUAAAGAUGCCAAUGAGCUUAACAUGGAGGUUAACACCAAAUGAUGAUGAAUCCGCAUUGCUUUCAUCAGUGGAAGACAUAGACUAUGGCUAUUAUAUAAUUCAUCUUAAGAUAUACGAUAAUGGGGGUAAUAGUGGAAUAAGUGAAAUAACAGUUCACUAUUGCAACUGUGUAAUCCCGAGUGAUUGUUUCGAACCCAGCACAGAUGUCCCUGUGGAACGUGCUCCAUUAGACAUUACUGUAGAUCGUGUUCCAUCUGAAGAAUUAUCUAAUUCUGCUUUUGGUUCCUGGGGCAUUGCUAUGUUAGUACUGGGAUCCCUAUUAUCACUGUUAGGCCUGAUUAUACCCUUUGGUUUUUGGCUCCGUAGCAAAGCUCCCAUGCCCCAAGAAGUGUGUGAUGAGUUACCUUUUCAGAACUUAAUUAUAUCAAACACUGAGGCACCAGGUGAAGAAAUGACAGAUCUGAAUAUACUUCCUGUGAAAACAAUGAACACAGCUAUAAGCAUGACCACAGUUGGAGAAAAAACUGGAAGGCAGGAAGGUUUGGAAAUGAUAAAAGGAGAAGCACACCACACACCAGAAUUAGUCAAAGGUGGAGGAAAUCACUUGGCAGAAUCGUUACGCAAUUUUGAACAGCCCUUAUGGAAUUCAUACAGAGAUUUGCGCUCACAAUGGCAGAAUUUCACCAAUCCUUACUUAGCUGAAAUGGUGUUCUUGUGUGAACAAGAUGAAGAAUAUAAACAUGUUGGAGAAGAUGUGCAUUUAUAUAAAUAUGAAGGGAAAGGAUCACCAGUUGGUUCCCUAAGCUCCUGUACUGGCCAGUCAGAAGAAGAAGAACUUGAUUUUUUAAAUCAGCCAGAUCCCCCAUUUAAGACAUUAGUUGAAGCCUGUGUAAAGAAAUAAGCAUGUUUACUUUGGUCUUUGAAACCAUGAGCACAAUCCUCCAGAAAUUCUGUGCUAACUCGAUUGAAAUGAGUUAUGUUCUUGUGCUCCUCUAAUUUUAAUAUUAGUGGCUUUCCUAAUUAUUGAGACUGUGUAACUUGUUACAGAAUUUAACCUUAACGCAAAACAACUAGGCUUUAAGCUCAGGUUCCUAUUUUAACAUCUUUAACAAAAUGUAGUUUGUGUUCUUAUCUUUAAAAACACCCUUAAAAAACUUCAAAAUUCUAUUAUUUCAAUUUCAAUAUUAUCUACCACAUCUGGGAAGUAGAAAGUAUAAUUUGAUUUGGCUUUUAAAAAGAGUUCUAGUAAUAAUGAUGAAAUGCUACCGGUUUGCAUGUUAAAAUAGUUUCUGAGUUUCUUACUUAUAUUAAUUUCUUAUUUAGAUUUUCUUAAUUUUUUUCUUGUAUUACCUAUGUCUUGGGUUGUAGAUAAACAGCCACAAACCAGUGCAUAGUUACAUAUGCUUAGGUCCAACUGAAGACAAUAGGAUUUAUGUGUGCAUUAUUGUGUACUAGAUUACCUUUAGAUUUUACAGUCUGAUCUGUGCAAAUGAUAUUCAAUUAUUACAUUGGAAAACAUAACUCCAAAUCAUUGGCAAAUAAACAAAUGUUGUUGUAAAUCA